AGUCUUUGACAUAAAUGUCAAGAGCAGGUUCUGUAUGCUGUGUUUACCUCUUGUCCUUGCCGUUAGUCCGACACACCCCAGCAAAAUGAUAGCUGCGAUCCUCUCCAGUCUGGUCAUUUCCACUGCUCUCUCCGUGGGGCAAACAAGAGUGGUGGUACAUUCUUUCCCCAGAGAAGAUAACAAUGUUUUAAUGUUGACAGAGGGUGUGUGUGAGGACUGCACCAAGAUAACACAGCUACUAAUGGAUGUGGACUCUCCCAGUUCCAUACAGCUUGAGCUGCUCAGGAAAGCUCUGCAUGGAGUGUGUUUGCAGUUACCGAAAGGAGAGGCCUUGACCCGUUGCUACCUGAUGGUAGACAAACACCUGCCCUCAAUAAUGAAGCACCAGAUUGAUUUGUGUCCACUGCUGGGAUUGUGUCCUAUCCGCUCAUUACAAGAGAACUCAAAGCCUUUGACCAGUGACAUGGUUGAGAUCAGCACAACACGUGUCUCUGUGGGAGGGACCAAGCAGAAUACUCAGGGCGGUCCUGUCUGUGCUUUGUGUGUGCUCCUCCUCCAGAAGAUGGAGGACAUGCUGCCGAAAGAGAGAACUGAGGAGCAGAUAGUAGAGCUCAUGGGGAAAGUGUGCAGCAUGUUGCCAGACAAAUAUAGUGAAAAGUGCAAUGACUUCCUGCAGAAGUAUGGCAAGCAGGUGGUCGACUUCCUGUUGUCUGAUGCUGCGCCCCACACCAUCUGUGUUCUUUUGCACCUGUGCCUAUUUGAGGAGGUGCCUCCUAGAGAGUAUGCCCUGGCCUCCGACUGCACCUCUUGUCUCUCACUCUCGGCUCUAACGCGGUUCCACCUCGGACGGAACGCCACCGAGACGCAGACAGCCUCCCUGCUGCAGAACAUCUGCCAGCGGCACCCCAAUGCUGUUCCUCAGUGUGAGGCCUUUAUCCAGCUCUAUGGACCAAGACUCCCCAGAAUUUUGGGGAAACACGAUGGUGGACGGGAUGCUUGUGAGAAAGAGGACUUCUGCCAAAGCCAGUGGUGGGGAAAUGUUAACUAGAGCCUUUACCUGUCCCUUCCUAAACUUGAAGAACCACAUUUACUGCUUAUUUAAAUUAAUCACUAUUGUCAUGCGCAUCAAGAGCUACAUCAGAAGAUUAAAGAUGAAUUGCACUCUUUUUUACCGGACAACAAUACACAAUAAGAGAACAACAGUGAGUGACAGUGACUGUGACUGUUGGAAUUGUCCAUAAUGUUUCACAUAUGCUUCCCACAG